AUGAGUAACAAACCACCUAAACUUCCAUCUGACUGUAUCGAAGAAAUCUUAAAGAUCCUAAAUGAUAAUGGAGAAAAAGGUUCUCUACAUUCUUGGACAUUGGUUAACCGUUCAUUGGGUCAAGUUGCUAUUUCAUUACUUUGGAGUAAUCCAUUUGAUCAAAUUUUACUUGAAAAUCAUUCAAGAUCUCAUCUUCUCAUACAAACUUAUUUAUCAUGUCUUGACAAAGAAAAAAGACAAAUAUUAUUGGAUGAAGGAUUAGAUAUUCCAUUAAAGUCUUCGUUAUUUGAUUAUCCGAUUUUUCUAAAAAAACUUCGCAUCGAAGUAUUACAAUUGUCACUUGUUCAAUGGUGGACCAACAAUACAACUUAUAGAAUUAGAAAUAAAGCAAAUUUUUAUAUAUUAGACGCAAUAUUAUCCGAAUUAUUAAUCAAUAAAUGUAACGGAUUAAAAUUAUUGAGUUUCGAUACACAAAUUAAUUAUGGUAUUGCGGAUUUUGCUUCUUUUUCUGGAAUACAAAAUACAAUUUGUAGCCUUAAAGAGUUUAGAAUUAAUUGUGGAUGUCCUGAUCAUUCUGGGUAUUUGGCAAAUCUUUUAUCGUUAAUAAUUGAAAAUUCACAAAGAAUUACUCAUUUGGUUAUUACGCCACAUGACGACGGAGCGAUUACUUGUCAAAUACCAAAAUUAAUAGAAUCACAAAUAAAUUUAGAAAAAUUUAGUAUGAUAUAUUCAUUUGCAGGAUCUUUUAAUCCAAAUAGAUCCGCGUCAAUAUAUUCAGCUCUCACAAGUCAAAAGGAUUCACUCACUCAUGCUGAUUUUCGAAAAAUUUAUAUUGAACCAAAUUCAUUAGAAAUUUUAGCAAAAUGUAAUAAAUUAAGAUCAUUAUAUUUCGUUAAUUGUCAACAAGAACAAGAUAUUACUUUAUGUGAUUCUUUAAUUCAACUUCCCAUCACGAAAUUAGUAUUAAAUAAUUCUUUAGGAAAAAAUUCAUUAACGAAUACGACUUGUACUUCAAUUAUAAUGAUGGCAGCCUCGACAUUAGUAGAAUUAACAAUAGAUUAUCUUACACCUGAAGUUGUCGAAGUAAUUAAUACACAAAUCCCAAAUUUAAAUUCUUUAGCUAUUCGUACUACAACUCUUCCAUUACUUAAUUUCAUAUCACAGUCCACUGUUGAACAUUUAGCACUUAGUGACUUUGGAACAGAAUCAAAUUUAUUUAGUAUUACAUUUUUACAACAACUCGGUCGACUAUUACCAAUUACAUUAAAACAUUUACAAAUUGAAUGUAGAUAUAAUGUUGCUCCAGAAUCUUUAACCGCAUUAUUGGAAGAAUGUAAAGCACCUCUUAAUAUUAUAAGUUUAGAUGUUGAAAUAUUUGAUGAUACUUUAUUAGAAGUUAUAGCCGAUUACGCUCGAGAAACUGGAAAACGAUUAAAAGAAUUAAGAAUAGGAAAAGAUACAACAAUUGAAUAUGAUGAAAAAUUAUGUAAAAAGUUAACGACGGUUAUAUCUUCUAUCAAUCAAGAUUACGUAGAUCCUUGGCCUCUUCUCAUUGAGCGAAGAGAUCCUUUAUGGAAAGAUCUUGAUUCAUAA